AAUUGUUAUCAACGCUUUCAAGAGUAGCCUCGGUUAAGUUUUAUGGCCUAUACAAUGUAAUUUUUGAAGUUUGUUCGGUGAUCUUUCUCUCAAUAGAAGACCUGCCACGGUGCUGGUACUUCUGCGCUCGUCACCUCAAGUCGUCUUUAUGUUUGACUGCCUCGACCAAUCACCGUUAAGCACCUUAUACAAUGAUCUACAAAAAGUAGAUGAAAGGAAAAUGUCUGAGCUUUCCUGAUCGACAUUCAAAACUUCAAACGAUAGCAACUGACGGGGGAAGUGUUUUGCUAUAAAAAGCUGCCGCUCUCGAGGAAACUGAUCUAAUCAUUUUCCCGUGUGAACGACGUUGCGUCACCCACCAGCCGAGCUAGUUGUUUUCUGAACGAUAAGUUUUGCUUGGUCAUCGAUUCAGGGAUUAAGUCUGGAGGACUAAUUGAACUACGAAAAAAGUUUGGAUAACGUUUUGAUCUACGCUUUUCACUCUGAUCAGUUGAAAUCUCCACUAUCUUGGCAAUAACUAACAAGAACAUGGUUUCUACUUGGUCGACUGACAUAAGAUGGUCUAAGCUUCGCCAAUUUGAGUACGGUGAGCCAAACAACCACGCCGGGGAACUGAAAAAAGCUUUGCACACUGCCAGCGACGAAAGCGACGAUGAAUGGCUGGCUCAGCUCGAAAGAGACUACGCUACAGCGAAGCGAAAACAUCGAGCUUAUUGGACUUCCCUGGAGCGAGUUCUUGCACUUGCGCUCAUAAUUUUCAUCAUUAUUACCGUAUCUUUAGCUUUUGUUCUGAUAUAUAAACAAUAUCACAUAGCGGUGAUAUUCGGCAGCAGUGGAUACGGUCCAGAUAUCUGCGAGACCCCAGGAUGUGUGGCUGCAACAUACAGUAUUUUAAAUCACGUGGACAAAGCAGUGGACCCCUGCGAUGACUUUUACAAUUACGCGUGCGGAAACUGGUUCAAGCGCAUUUUUAUCCCACCGGGUCAUUCAAAAUGGACCGCUUUUCAUCAGGUUUCCGACAACAACCUGAUUAUUCUGAAGAAGAUUCUUCAAAAGGCACACUUUGGUGUUAAUGAAACUGCUACGAUCUUCAGUAAAGUAAAGGAUUAUUUCUCAGCUUGCAUGAAUAAAACCGUGGUCGAAAAUCGUAGUGCAGGGCCUCUCAAUAAACUUAUUCACUUUGUGGGAUCUUGGACAAUAACCAACGCUUCCGACGUAGGGCCCUGGUCUCCAGAGUCAUGGAAUUUUGAACAAGCCCUCAGUAGAAUUCACAAACUGAAGAGCAUGCCUUUGUUUUAUAUGUUUGUAUCGGCGGAUGAUCGGAACUCGAGUCACAAUAUCAUACAGGUCCAGCAAGCGGGUAUCACAUUGUCAGACAGAGAUUAUUACUUUAGAAACGAAUCAGACAAGGUCCUGCAAGCGUACAAAGAGUUCAUGGUAAAGGUAGGUACACUCUUAGGUGGUGAGGCGAAUAGCACACGACAUCAGAUGGAGGAAGUGUUUCAACUUGAGAAGAAACUUGCAGAGAUCUAUGAACCGAAAGAACGGCUGAGAGACAUGGAGAAGAUUUAUCACAAGAUGACGGUCGCCGAACUUCAACAACUGGCGCCUGCGAUUUCAUGGUUGGAUUACAUGAAUGCGAUGUUUAGCAGCCCAGUCACACAUCAGGAGUCUUUGGUGGUUUAUACACCGGAGUACUUGAAAAACAUGUCCAACCUCGUCAUCAGAACAGAUCGAAGAAUCCUGGCCAAUUACAUGGUGUGGCAUCUUAUCAAGCCGCUGAUAGGAGAGCUGUCCAAACCGUACCGUGAUGCAUCAUUGGAACUGCUGAAAGUGGAGAAGGGGGUGGAAGCUGGAGCCCCGCCCUGGAAAAGCUGUGUCACUAAAACUAACUCAGUCAUGGGAUUUGCCACAGGUUACCUGUACAUAAAGGAACAAGCUGGGAAAAACGCCAAGCAACAGGCAGAGGAAAUGAUAGCCGAGAUCAAGGACGCAUUUAAAACAAACCUACCCCAAGUGAAGUGGAUGGAUGAGGAAACGAAAACCAAAGCAUUGAACAAGAUUACGGCAACCUUUGACAUGAUCGGUUAUCCAAAGUGGAUAGAAGAUCCAGAAAAGCUGGAUAAAUAUUAUGAAAAUCUUACAAUCGGUCCUGAUAAUAGUUUUGAGAAUUACCUGGAAGCCAGAAGAUUUUUCCACAACAAGUCUAUGAACAGGCGCGGAAAGCCAGUCGACAGACAAGAAUGGCACAUGACUCCAGCCGAUGUUAACGCGUACUACAACUCUCCUAACAACUACAUAGCUUUCCCGUCGGGAAUUCUACAGCGACCGUUCUUUGAUCCAGAAUUUCCACAGUCGGUCAACUAUGGAGCAGUCGGCGUGGUAAUGGGACAAGAAUUAACUCAUGGAUUCGACGAUCGAGGUCGCUUGUUUGACGAGCAUGGUAACCUGGCCAGUUGGUGGAACAACCAAUCAGUGAGAGCGUUUCAAGAACACGCUUCAUGUAUGGUGAAUCAAUAUGCCAACUUCAGUGUGGCCGGAAUGAACGUCAAUGGAAAACAAACACUUGGGGAGAAUAUAGCAGAUAACGGAGGACUUAAGCUCGCCUACGCCGCGUACCAGACCUGGGUCGCAAAGAACAACAGAGAAUUAAAACUACCGGGCUUGGAUUUCACACCAGAACAACUGUUCUUUCUUGGAUUUGCGCAGGUUUGGUGUUCAGCAACGUCUGACGAACGUGCCCAGCAUGCUUUGCUAACCGAUGUUCACAGCCCUGAGAAAGUUAGAGUUCUGGCAGCAGUCGCCAAUUCAAAGGAAUUUGCCGAGGCUUUCCAAUGUCCAGUGAACAGUUCUAUGAACCCUGUCCACAAGUGUCACGUCUGGUGAUGGAUUAAGACAACAAACAAAACAAACAAAAUAGUAUCUUUAAGCUAUGUUGAGCUAUAUUUAGAAACGGCAGGAAAUUUUUCUUAUUCUGCGUUGCUUAUUUAAGAACAGCUAGGACAUUGAUUUUUAACAAAAGCCACAAACGAUUCUAGUGACGAAGUCGGAGUCGGAGUCGGGGUCGGAAUCGUAGUCGGAGUCGCAAGAGAUAGCUUACGAAUUAGUGAAAAUCGAAAAUCGGAGUCAUAAGCGGAGUCGUAAGCCCGACGGAAUCGGAGCCGGAAGAAUCUGAACGCAUCCAUUUCGUCAGAUUCCGUUUACGACUCUGUCAAUUACGAUCUCAGAAAACUAGUAGAUUGUCGGAGUCGGAAGCAAAAGCGGAGAACCAACCAAUCACAAGGUGCUGAAUCGAGCAUUGUAAUUGAUUUAUUUUUCUGCUUCUGCUUCCGACUCCGACGAUCUAGUUUUCACGAGAUCAUAAGCGACGGAGCCGUAAGUAGAAUCGGUGUUCUGCGUCCGACUCGGUUUAAUUUCCAUUAGGUCGUAUUCUGUCGUAUUGCUCUACGCUUCUGAUCACGACUUCGUCGCGAGCGAAAACCAGCCUUUAGCAAUGACUAAAACUGUAUACUGAACAAUGGGGUUUUAAAAAAUUCAGAAUUACAAAGACAGUGCAUAGAAAACGUGAAUCAAAAUCAUGAUAGCGGAAUAUGAUAAUAACCUCCAGCUCGUAUUUUGUAACUGUAAUCUAUCACUGAAUAAUGCAAUCUGAGAAAUCUAUUCUCUACUCUUGCGCACUAUGAAAACGCACCGUUCUGUUGGUUUCCACUCUCUGAUAAUGGGUCUUCAUUUCUGUUUUUGUAUGUUUUAAGACCUGCGUUUGCCAUACUGGCUGACUUGGUUUCUGAUUGGCCAAACAAUUGAAAUGUCCGACGACAGAGUUACUUUAGGCUCGAUUUCCGUCGCUUACUCGAGUCCAGUCUACGCUCCUCCCAGAGAGAGUUUGGGGGAGGAGCGCGGACUCCUUUCUCAAACAGCGGCUGGUAAUCGAGCCUAGAGUCACUUACUUACAUGGAUUCAUAACUUUGAUUCGAACGAUGGUGGAUUUAGCUUUUCAGCCAAUAAGUUUUAUUCGUAUUCCCGGACCGCUAUUAUGGACACUGAAAAACUGUAUUUAUAUCUGAGCUAAAAAACGUGUCUUAUCCACUCCAGAACAGAAAUCUGAUUAAUCGUAAUACACUACGGCGAGUGAGCUUUGCUGUAACGGGCUUGCCUACGAGUAGAGUAGGGUGACAAACAUUUUGUUAUUAUAAACAUUAAGAAAAUCUCUAACAUUCUUAAGUGCAGUGGGUUAAUAUAGCAACGAAGGAUUAAUAUUUAAAAUGUCAUCGUGAUAAGUUUUUUUCGUCAAAAAGAACGCCAAUUGGAGAUGUUAAAGACACUGGUUCAAAAGGUAUUUUUCUUAAAAUAGCUUUAAUAUAAUAAAAGUAAUUGUAUUUAACUGAUACAGGUAUUUUUUUAGACUAGGGGGUAAGUUCAGUAGUGUCUUAAUUCAAAUGAACAUGAGGGCUUUUUGUGAGUUUUAAGAUAUCAAAGUUGGUUCACUCUAAAAUCAGCUUCAAGAGGACUAGUUAUAAUUGUGGUCGAAGUAUGUCGCAUAGAAAAGAAAAAUAUGACAAACGGGUUCACUGUUGAAAUCAAAUGCAUUAAAAAAAAUAUACUAAUUAUACUACGUCUAAUAUUAUAUUAUAAAAAUGAGCAAUGCCCGUGCUAUCACGUCUUUUAAAAAUAGCGAAAAGUUUAUAAAUAGAUAUUAGAUAGUGGUUUCAAAGAUAGCUUUUUCUGGUACAAUAAAUGUUAACCUUUAAGAUCCUAGGUUUUACCUGGUUAGCCCCGAAAUGUUCUUAUAUGUGCGGUAUCUACCUUCAAUUAAGGUAAUUUAUUUUCUAACUAAGAACCUGUUUCAGUUUUCAGGCUCGACAGGUUCUUUUAAGUUAGUGAUUAAAAUCAUACGACAUUAGUCGCCAACAAAACAAAAUUUCGUCCAUAAUCGAUCCAUAACCAUUUUUCGAACCUAGUCCUUGAGGCUUUCUUUAAGAGCUACAAAUAUUAAAGCUUAUAAAAUACUUAUUAAAGCUUAUAAAAUACAUACAAAACUUGUAUUUAAUCUACGUAUUUAAUCUUAAAACUGACAAAGAAUUGCAGAAUAAAACUUAUCAUCAGAUUGCU